AUCUACCAAUUCAUUUUGAGAAACUUCAACAAUAACUUCAAUCGCACAUAUCACCCAAACACUAGGAUUAAUCACAUUAUUUACCUGAGUUCACCAUCCAUUUGAGUCUAGGGGAAGCUUCCUCUGCUUAAUUUCUCCAUAAAUUGAGGGCUCUAGGACAUUGAUUGGACCAAGGAUUGAUUUUGUAGAAGAAAUCGAGGCUGCUUGCACCACUCGAAACAAUUUAGGACGGAUUAACUUUCUCAGCAAGAUUUCGAGAGAAAGGGACAGAUAACAAUUCCCCAGGUAGAAAUCCCCAUAAGAUGAAUCCAAAAGGAGACUAAAAGGAAAUUAGAAAUCCCCGCGGGAAAUCGAAGAAGAAAUCGAAAAGUAAAUUGAAGGAGGAAAUUGUUUGAGACGAGGCACUGGUGGGGUAGUCAGGAAGUGAAAGAAAGGAAUGAGGAGACACGGUAUGUUAUUAAGGUCCAACUCAAAACGGACGCUAUGUUAUUCAACUUGAGUGACCCAAAAGGCCGAAGGAGACAAGGUGCUUGAAGAUGGUGUUCUAGAUGGUAUCUAUAUUUCAACUCCCAUAUAUUAUGCCUGCCCAACUGAAGUCCUGUGGCAUGAAAGAUCUUAGAUAAAUGCAGGGGCUAGCUUUUGCAUUGUUGGUAGAGACCCUACUGGUAUGGGCCAUUAACUCGAGAAAAGAGAUUCACAUGAUGCUUGAUCAUGGAACAAGGUAUAUAUUAAGCUCAGUUCUGGGACUUAAACGACUAAAUAUUCUUCCUUUCAAGGUUGCUGCAUUUGAUAAGAAUAAGGAUAACUGACCUUAUUUCAUUCAACAAAGGGUUCAGAACUUCUUCAUAUUGGGCACCAAGGUAACCUUCUCCACAUACUCCUGAGAUUCAUGUUGCUUCAAUGGUUGGAAAGUGCUUAUCGAAUUUUACAAUAAUAACUUAUUAAUCUU